ACUGCCAUGGCUCGUACAAAGCAGACCGCUCGCAAGUCCACCGGCGGCAAGGCCCCGCGCAAGCAGCUGGCCACCAAGGCUGCCCGCAAGAGCGCCCCGGCCACCGGCGGCGUGAAGAAGCCGCACCGCUACCGGCCCGGCACCGUGGCGCUGCGCGAGAUCCGGCGCUACCAGAAGUCCACCGAGCUGCUGAUCCGCAAGCUGCCGUUCCAGCGGCUGGUGCGCGAGAUCGCGCAGGACUUCAAGACCGACCUGCGCUUCCAGAGCUCGGCCGUCAUGGCGCUGCAGGAGGCCUGUGAGGCCUACCUGGUGGGUCUGUUUGAGGACACCAACCUGUGCGCCAUCCACGCCAAGCGCGUCACCAUCAUGCCCAAGGACAUCCAGCUCGCUCGCCGCAUCCGAGGGGAGAGGGCAUAAAUCCUUUUUCUAUAUAACUACUUUUAAAGGCUCUUCUUAGAGCCACCCAACUUACAAAAAAGGAGCUGUAAUGUCCUUUCCAUUUUGCCAGGAUAGUUUUAAAACCACAGGUUACUUUGAGAAGUGUUAUGUCGCCGUCAAUUGUUUUUCCAUAAGUGACGAACAGCUUAAACUUUUUGGAAAAGGCUCCUGCACCUUC